AUGGCGCGCCUGCUCCUCUUCCCAUCCCAAGCGUGCGUCGAUCCUGGCCGUCACCUCCUCCUCCACCCGCCGGUCUCCAGGCCCCGUGCUGUCCGGUCGGGGCCUCCUCCCGCCGAGCCACACCGCGCCGCCGGGGUCGCCUCUCCUCCCGGCCGUUGCUCACCGCCCCUUUGCUGGACCCACCACCCAUUUCUUCCUUGCAGAUCAUCAAAGAGAGUAGGGGUCGUUUUUGCUGCAGAAAAUGCACAAGAAAUUUCUUCUCAACCUCCUGGCAAGGAUGAAAGGAGAGGUGGGAAUUUGCUUCUGCAAUUCGGUGCACUCCCAUGUUGCAUUAUGGCAUGGUUGAGCACUGCUCAAUUAGCACACUCUAGUGUCGGAGGAAAGCUAAAUAUGGUUUAUGAGGUCGGGGAGCUGUUUGAACUGGGAAUUCAGCUGUCUUAUCUGCUCAUACUUCUUGGUCUGCUUGGAGCUGGUACAUUUUUUGUUAUCCGUCAGGUUCUUGUUCGUAGGGAGCUUGAUCUUUCUGCCAAAGAGUUGCAAGAACAAGUGAGAAGUGGUGAUGCAAGUGCUACUGAGUAUUUUGAGCUUGGAGCAGUCAUGUUACGGAGAAAAUUUUAUCCAGCUGCUAUCAAAUAUCUGCAGCAAGCAAUUGACAAAUGGGACAGAGACGAGCAAGAUCUUGCACAGGUCUACAAUGCCCUGGGGGUCAGCUACAAGCGAGACAACAAACUUGACAAGGCAAUCCAGCAGUUGCAGAAGGCCGUGGAGCUCCAGCCAGGCUAUGUGACAGCUUGGAACAACCUGGGUGACGCGUAUGAGCAGAAGAAGGACCUGAAAUUGGCCCUCAAGGCCUUUGAGGAGGUCCUACUCUUUGAUCCCAACAACAAGGUUGCAAGGCCACGCGUGGAUGACCUCAGGCCGCGUGUAAGCAUGUACAAGGGCGUGCCUGUAAAAUCCGAAAAGCGAUAG